AUGCAGCUACACAAGCUCAAGAUGAAUCCCGCCAAGUGCGUUUUUGGAGUUCAGGCUGGAGAUUUCCUGGGAUUCAUUGUCCAUCAAAGAGGCAUUGAGGUCCCUGAGGAUAAAGCAAACGCGGUCAUCAAUGCAUCUCCCCCGCGAACGAAGAAAGAGUUACAGCGACUACUGGGUAGGAUCAACUUUUUGCGACGAUUCAUUUCUAACUCUUCAAGCAAAAUCCAUCCGUUUUCCCCACUGUUGAACUUGCAAGGACAGAAUGAGUUUGUGUGGGAACCUAAACAUCAAGAGGCUUUCAACAAAAUCAAGGCCUAUCUGGCGAGCCCGCCAGUGCUUGUUCCUCCUAGAGCGGGAUUUCCAUUAAAGUUGUAUGUUUCAGCAGCUGAGGCUUCCAUUGACAGCCUCCUCGCUCAGGAUGAUGCAAAUGGUGUUGAACACGCCAUCUUUUACCUCAUCAAAUAUAUGCUGUUGCGACCUAUCUUGAGAGGCCGUAUUGGCAAGUGGGUGCUCGCAUUAUCAGAAUUCUCCCUACAGUAUGUGCCACAGAAAGCAGUAAAGGGGCAAGCCAUAGCAGACUUUCUGGCACAUCACCUUAUGCUGGAUGUCCCCGCGGUUAGAGAUUUAGAGGUCGCUGCCACAACUUUAGAUCGCCCGGAUUUAGCGUGCUUGCCAGAGUACGCCGCGCUUUAUCAAGCCACAAUCUCACUCCAGCCUUGGGUGUUAUAUUUUGACGGGUCAAGAACAGAUACGCUAGCAGGAGCAUGGAUUGUCUUGGAAAACCUGGCCGGCGAUCGAUUUUCCUACUCUUUCCAGUUGGAGUUCCAGUGUACCAAUAACCAAGUAGAGUAUGAGGGCCUCAUUAUAGGCCUAGAAGUACUACUGGAAAUGGAAAUCAGAGAUGUACAAAUACUUGGCGAUUCUCUCUUGGUUAUCAAUCAGUUGUGCAACGAGUUUAGAUGCAAUAGCUUCACGUUGGUUCCUUAUUGGAACAGGGCAUUAGACCUGUUGGACCAGUUUGAUAACAUACAUCUAGAGUACAUUCCUUGCGAGCGAAAUUUUGCAGUGAACGAGUUGGCCUAA